AGGCCGAAGCCACUCGUUUUCUGUCAGUCACGGAAACCAAGGCUCAAUCUGCCCCUAGCAUAGCAUAAGAAAAAGUGGGGAGAGAGAGAGGAGAGAGACAUAGACGGCCGGGCAGUGAGAAACUGCCAGGGAACUUUCAAUCUCUCUCUCUCUCUCUCUCUCUCUCUAAUCCUCACUUUAAAACACCGCCUUGCCUGGAGUGCAGUGGCAAACUGCAGUCUUUUGCUCUCUACGCACCACAACCUUUCCUCCAUCCUCGCUGGAAGAAGUCCACUCUCUCAUCCUUCGACCGCAAUAAUACCAUGUAAUCUUCUAUAUCAUCCUCUACUCUUAUGUCAAUUCAGAAGAAUGCAAAACAAGCAGGGUUUGAUUUGGUUUCAGGAGACCAGAAGGUAACUCGCUAGACCUCAACAACUUGCCGGAAGAACAUGGCAAACAACCGGUAGAGGAAAGCUCAAUGACCACUGCUGCUUCCGCUGACACCACCCGGUUUAAGAAGAAGAAGAAGAAGAAGAAGAAGAAGAAUAGUGCAGGGAAGGAAGAAGCUGGAAAGGUGUACGAGUGCCGGUUCUGCUCCCUCAAGUUCUGCAAAUCCCAAGCAUUGGGCGGGCACAUGAACCGACAUCGGCAAGAGAGGGAGACGGAGACGCUCACUCGUGCUCGCCAACUCGUGUUCGGCAACGAAGGCCUUGCCGGUGCUGGUGUUGGUGCGAUCGGGGAUCUCAGUCUCGGGGGCUUCCGACAACGAGGCGGCGACAUCGGAGCGCCAUGCCUGCGGUUCCAACAGGUCUAUCCGAGCAUACCAACACGGCCAUCUAAUCCGCCACCAUGGCAGCAAUACCGACACCGACCUACUCAUCCGCCGGUCCGCAAUUACUGCAUCGGUCAUGUCGUCUCAGGGAGUGCCCAGCGUCUCCCCAGCUACAUUUGUGCUCAUCGUUGUCAAGACACAUGAGAGCAAGAAAGAAAGACUCUCUCUCCAAAGCCGAUAUGUUUUCUUCUAGUUUUUGUGAGCAUGACGACUUGUCAAGGCUAUUUCUCUUAAGAGUUGUGGGUGCUACAGGACACUUGAGUCAGUAGAUUUCCGUUCGAGAAAAGCUUGCCAAAUUGGGUGUUGUGGGCACAGCCACCUACCUAAACUUGUAGCCUGAUGGGUCUAUGCUGGCUUUCAUAAUAACUUUGGUACACGACACACAAGACAACCAACCGAGAUGUAUUAAUGAUAAUAGCCAGGAUUUUACCUUUGCG